AUGUUGUUUAACCAGCCGCUCGGCGAUUGGAACACCUCCAGUGUGACCGACAUGUCCUUCAUGUUCGAUGGCACGUUGGCUUUCAAUCAGCCAAUCGGCUCCUGGGACACUUCCCAGGUGACCACCAUGCAAAAUAUGUUCGCGGAUUCCGACAGCUUCAACUCCCCAAUCGGCAAUUCGACUACGUCAAGCCGGACAAAUGCACGAGGCAUGUUUAAUACCGCGUUGAGCUUCAACCAGCCCAUCGGCUCUUGGGACACCUCGAACGUGGUGGAGAUGAGAUUCAUGUUUGAAGGCGCUCAGAGCUUCAAUCAGGCCAUCGGCUCUUGGGACACCUCGAAGGUGGAGAUGACCGGCAUGUUCCGGGGAGCUGUGGCUUUCAACCAGCCCCUUGACUCAUGGGAUACCUCUUCCGUGACAGACAUGUCCGCCAUGUUCGAAGGUGCAUCGUCCUUCGACCAGCCCAUUGGCUCUUGGGACACCUCGGAAGUGAAGUUUCUGUCCAGGAUUUUCGUGAAUGCUGUGGCUUUCAACCAGUUCAUUGGAUGCUGGGAUGUGUCCUCGGUGCUGUUUAUGGAAGACAUGUUCAUCGGGGCCUCGAGUUUUCCGGUACCCCCAUGUCCUGGUGGAAGUAUCAGCGCGAGCAACGGCCUGGGCUGUGCUCCUGAACCAGACUGCACCAAUGGAACGCCCACCGAUGUCGCGACAUGCCCACCAGUCAAUGAGUCCUGUGGGGCCUGCGAUGCAGGGUUUGUGUUGACAAAGGACCAGCUUUGUGUCGAAGCAACCGGCUGUGGAGAUCUUUCGUUGCUGGACCACGCUUUGCUUCGAAAGGAUAAGAAGAAAGCCUACAAUAAAUGUCUCAAGCACUCCCUCAUUGGCUACAGCCAGCUCCCGGACAACGACGAGCUGGAAUCGAUGUAUGGGCUCACGUCUCGAUCGCCAGGGCUCGCGCUGCUCAACAUUGCCGGCGCCACGGCCGUAUUGGUGGCUGCCGUGUUUCUCUGCCGGGGCUUCCGGAGGAACUGGUUCUCAUCCUAUGAUGAGGUGCCAGAAGAAGCAUUGCCUUAA